AUGACCAGUCCAGACCCCAGUCCCGACCGACCUCCUUCGCUCGGGACGCAGUCUCCCCUCCCAGCUGGCCUCGAAGCCGCUCAAGACACCAGCCUAGAGCAGCAGCAGCAAGGCCCGGACCAGAUGCUCGAUGAGCAGCAGCCAGGGCCCCCACCGGCCCCCUUCCAACCUCUCUUUACGCUCGUCACGGACAGCAUCACCCAUGCAGCCUACCACCCCCGUGUGCACUACAUCUUCUCCGACGACGACCCACAGCUCCUGACCGAUGCCCUGGCAGACCACGGCUACCAGCAGCAUGCCCUGGCCUCACCAUCCACCAACCUCGAGCCAAGUCCUAGCGUCUCUGGCGGUGGCAGCAGCAGCAGCAGCAGGCCUUCGCUAAAUCAUCCACCACUGCCACCGCCCGUCUCCACCGAGCGCGCCAUCAUUCUCGACCUCGUACCGAAGAAGACAACGACGAAUCCUUCCCAUCAUGAUGACCCAACAUCCUCCUCAGCGGCUGUCGAUUAUGAGGUGGCAUGGGCCUCCUCUCUCAGCAGUGACUGGGCCGUCGUGUCUACCAAAGUCAGCCCCAUGGCCGACGACGCAGCAACCGCCGUGCCCGAGGACGGGGCGCACUCUUCGGAAUCGUACGAAGGCGCACAACAGAGGCUGAUGAUGCUGCGCAUUGAGGGCGUGGACAUUGCCGGCCCCGCCUUCCCGCCACAAAACUCCUCCACGCGCGCCCGCAAGUCGUCUACAUCCAUGCCCGCCGCCGCAGCCGCCGCCAGAAAGUCCUCACCUGAGGAGCGGGAUCUGCACAUGUCUGGCAGCGGUGCGAAGCAGGUUCCUUCGCCUGCCGGGAUUGACAUGCAGGAUCACGAGGACUAUGGCGCCAUCCUCGAGGAGUUCGAGAAAAGAAUGGUCGUGCUGCGCAAGGUGGUCGACGCCGGUAUGGAGAGGCAGCACAAGAUUGCCGCUGCCGCCGCCGCCGCGGAAGCGGAACAAGAGGUCACCGGUCAUCAUCACGAUGCUGGAGGGGUUGGCACCCACGACUGGGCCGGGGAACAAGUCCAGGAACAACAAGAAGAAGAUCUAGGACCAGGAGAGGCUGCCCAGCCUCCUGCACAGCAUGUUGCCUCAAGCAGGGCACAUGAGACCGGCGGGGUAGCGGAAUGA